CAAACAAGACGUUUAGAGGAGCAUCUAGAGUGCGGGAUAUGCCUGGAUCGGUACACCAAUCCGCGCAUGUUGCCUUGCCAACACACGUACUGCGCUGAAUGUUUGUCAGGUUUACCGAAAGAUGCUAGAAACCAGGUUUCCUGUCCAAACUGCCGACGUCAACACGUUGUCCCAACGGGUUUCCGCCAAACUUUGCCCUACAGGGAAUACUAGAAGCUACGUCUCCUCCAAACGUCCCACUCUCUCCACAACCGCCCUCUACUUCAGUUGUUCAAUUGAGACCCCAGCCUUCCGCACCACCAGUGUCGGAUAUGAUAAAUACGCGUCAAAUUCCCACGGUGCCUAGUUCUCCCGGGAGGAUUGCGACUGCCAGAGAAUACAGAGACAAAUUUCGACAGACUGUUAAAAAUGUUCUACGCAGAUUUGUAAGGGACCACUACGAACGCAACAAAGGCAUUAUAUGUGGUAUUUUCCUUCUGAUAACAGUUGCCCGUUUUGUCGCAGGUGCCACUAAACUUGGAUCUGACUGUGAAAAAGAACGGAACGUCGGAACAUAUUUGUUCGUAAAAGCCACGUUAGGCUUUAUAUUCUGGAUCGCCUUUCUGGUCCUGGGGGUUAAAGGACACAUGGAGAGAGCCUUGAAAAAUUUGUUUGUGGAGAUUUAUAUAUACGUUGACUUCUUGUUCGCCGUUGUUUGGUUUAUCGUAGGAAUGGCAUGGUGCUUUGGAAACUACCGAGCCAUGAAACUAGAGUGCCCGUCCUUCGUUAAUGACUGGGACUUCCAUUUUAUUAACUUUGCAUUGUUCUUGACUGUUUCGGACCUGAUAAUAUUUUGUGUGUUUAUAUUCUAUGCAUUGUAUUCGGUCUUUGAUAACGAAGAAGAGUAGCUUUAGUAUAUUAUAUCAAAACGAAAGAAUAAUCUGAACAAAGAAAUUCAGUAUGCAGCAUUUAAACGUUGUUGCUAACAGAUAACUGCUUAGUGACUAUCACACGUAAUCAACAUGAUCUGAAGUACUAUAACUAUACAGCCAUUUUAAAGAUUGCAUCGGUCAUUCA